AUGAAGACGCAAUGGCUCCUGGAGGCUCUCGGAGUGGCGUCAUUCACGUCGCUCUCGGCGGCCGCAGCCGUCCGGGGAAGCAUCCCCCAGGAGGACGUCCAUGUGCAACGGAACAGUCGGCGGGAUUCGAAUGCCAUCGCCGUCACCUCUAAUUACGUUUCUCUGAGGGCGGUGCCAAAGCUUGCUCCGGAUGGUUCUCCCAAGGCCGGACGUCGAGACUUGACCGAUCCGCCAGCGGGAUACCCCUUCAAUGCUGGGUUGACCAACGUUCAAGACAUAUACUACGUCACAGACAUCAAGGUUGGAAACCAGACACUGCCCGUGAGUAUCGACACCGGGUCCAGCGAUACAUGGUUUAUCAAGUCGCCCUUCACCUGUAUAAAUAAUAACAACAUGCCAAUGCCGGAAGCAAAAUGCGGCUUCGACGAGGGCUUCAUUGGCAACUUCAGCCACGGGACGAUCCCCGGGUCCCGAUUCAGCCGGCAGUACGCGGACGGCACGUUCGUGACGGGCUACUUCGGCUUCGACGACGUGACGCUGGGCGGCGUGGCGAUCCAGCACCAGCAGCUGGCCAUGGUGAACCAGACGUACUGGUACGGCGACGGCAAGACGUCGGGCCUGCUCGGCCUCGCGUACCCGCUCAUGACGAGCAUCGACGGCAGCGUCGCCAUGUACGACCCCGUCUUCACCACCAUGUGGAAGACGGAGCAGAUCCUGCCGCUCUUCACCAUCGCGCUGUCGCGCGACGACGAGGGCAGGAACCUCACGACGGCGGCGGGCGACGAGUCGAGCUACCUCGCCUUCGGCGGCCUGCCCCCCGUCGACUACGACGACUCCACGUGGGCGCGGACGCCGAUCCAGACCAUGGGCGCCAUGCCGAGCUGGAACGUCGACGAGAAGGGUCACGGUCUGUACGUCAUCACGGCGGACGCGUACAUCUACGGGAGGGUGAACGCGUCCGAUCCGGAGUCGACGGCGGGAUUCACCGUCAACACGACGCAGUUCCCCAUCUUGGUCGACAGCGGCUCGACGCUGACGAUCCUACCCACCGAUCUCGCAACAGCCAUCCUCAAAUCAUUCUACCCGCCCGCGCAGUUCCUCCAGAGCGACGGGGCGUGGUACGCGCCGUGCAACGCCAAGAUGGCGCGGUUUGGCGUCCGGAUCGGCACGCAGGAGACGUACUGGAUGAGCGCCGACGACCUGCUGCGGCCCGGUGCCCGGGACAAGGAGACGGGCCACCUGUGCCGGGUUGGGAUCAUGGAUAGCGAUUCCGGGCCGCAUGUCCUGGGGGUCACGUUUUUGUCCAACGUCGUUGCCGUGUUUGACGUUGGGAACACCGAGAUGAGGUUUGCGAAGAGGUUGGCGUAUUGAUGUUGAUGUUGAGAUGACGCGUUUUGUUGUUGCAUGUUUGGCUGGAAAUGGGAUGCGUGAAAUAUCCCGCCGGGAGAGUUGCUGACCGUCCGUGGGUGUGUGUUAUAUGUCCCUGACAUGGACUUAGUCUGUCAUUGCCGGAAGUGCAUGAUCAUGAAUUCUUGUGAGCGCCGUUUCAAAGCUGAGAAUGGUUGCAAUCAGCGACACCAGUACACAUGAGAGGCAGAAUUAGUUGCCAUUGCAAACAUUAUCUCAGCUUUGUGGCAAGCUGCAUCUAGUAAGCCAACUGUGUCACCGUUGGUGUACUUCUCGGAGUAGGGAAAUUAGGGGA